GUUUUGCAAUUUUCAAUGAGUCAUCAUAGUAAGAAAGGUAAAAAAACUAAAGGGAAAGUUAUUUCUCUGCAAUCAUUUUUGAGCAAUGGUGAAGCAACUCCGGGAGUGACACAAGUCACAAAAAUUGUUAAACCCCGAUUUGAAGAAAGUGAUGAAGAAGAUACAACGCUUCAAGUUUUGCAACUGCCAACUGCUCCGAGAGCAAGUCGCAUAUUUGAUGACGACUCAGUGCCAACAAAGCCUCCAUUUAUUGCCCAUAUAUCGAAUUUGCCUUUUGAUAUUAAAGAGGAUGAUCUUUAUGAUUUUUUCCCAAUUCCAAUUAUAUCGCUACGUCUGCCUAGGGAAGAUGGUGAAAAUGGUCGCCUUAGAGGUUUCGGUUAUAUUGAAUUUGAAACAAGGGAUGAUUUAAUACAAGCUAUUAGCUUACCCGAUCCACACAUUAGGAAUCGUAGAAUUCGUAUAGAAGUUUCGAAUGAAAACGAACAACAGCAAGGAAAUAGAAGGGAACGAAAUAAUAGGAAUCGUUUUGAUGGAUUUGGUGGCUCAAAUGAAACUCGCGAAGCAUCUGAUUGGAGGCGGGAUAACAAACAACAAAGUGAUGACAGAAACGAUAAUAGAAGAACUGGCGGUUAUGGAAGAUAUAGAGAUCGUCAGAAUGUAGAAUCUCGAGAUGGUUCAACAGAUUGGAGAUCUAGAGAUGGGCCGAAAUCAGAAAACUCACCACGGAGGGAUGGCAGAGAUGGGGACCGAUAUAAUAAUCGGCGUGAUCGCGAUGACUACCGAAAUAGAAGGAACAACAAUGAAGACGAGCCACAACAAGAAAGACCAAAACUAAAUUUAAAACCACGUACACUACCUUUACCGGAGAUAGUUACAAAACCAAUUGAAGACGAUGAACCAAAACGUGAAGACAGUCCAGAACCGGUACAGCAACCGCCUAAACCGCGGGGUGUUGGUGGUGAAAAAAUUUUCGGUUCUGCUAAACCAGUUGACACUGCUGCCCGCGAAAAGGAGAUAGAAGAAAGAAUGGAGCGGGAACGUCUAGAAAAAGUAAAACAACUUGAAGAAGAAAAGGAAAAGAAAGAUGAAGAAAAUAGUAAAAAGGAAAAUGAUGAUGAACUACAACAAGAAAGCGAGGAAACAGAAAAAGAAACCCUAGUGGAGAAAGACGCUAAAGAAAAUAAAGAAAAUAAAGUUAUUGUAAGCAGUUGGCGUGUUCGUGACGAAAGUAAACAAGAAGAAAGCAACAGAAGAUACAGUCCACCUCCACCACCUAGAAGAAAUGAUGAUAGAAGAGGAGGUGGAAGAGACAUGAGAGACAAUAGAGAUCGUGAUGGAAGAGACAACAGAGAUCGGGAUGGUAGAGAUAAUAGAGAUCGAGAUGGAAGAGAUAAUAGAGAUCGAGAUAACAGAGACAACCGAGAUCGUGAUAUGAGGGAUAAUCGAGAUCAAAGACGUGUUGGUGGUAAUCGUGGUUAUGAUAGAGAUAACCGAGAUCAUAGAGAUAAUCGAGAUCAAAGAGAAAAUCGUAUGAACAGAGAUAAUCGUAAUGAUAGGAACGAUCGUGACAAUUACAAUAGGGAUAGGGGUUAUAGCAAUAAAGAUAGCGGAAGGAACAAUCGCGAUAAUCGAGAUAAUCGUGACAAUCGCGACAACCGCGAUAAUCGCGAUAACCGUGAUAAUCGCGAUAAUCGUGACAACCGCGAUAACAGACAACAUCGCGACGAAAAACAUAAAAGAGAACACAGAUCAGAAAGACCAAUGCCACAAUUUAAACAAACAGUAGGUCCAGUUGUUCAAUCAGUCAAUAAAUUUAAUGGGUUAGAUGAAGAGGAUGGUUCAGAGUAAGGCAAUAGAAAAAUAUUUGCAGAGGAAACAAAAUAAGUAAAAAACAUUUUAAAAAAUCCGGUUAAAAAAAUAUAAAUAAUAAAACAAAAAAAAAAAGAAAAAUAAAAUAAAAAAAUAUUAAAUACUGAAAACAAAAAAUUUUUAUUUUAAAAUUAAAAGAAAAAAAAAACGCAAAAGCAAACACUUAAAUUUAAAAUUAUAAAAUUAAUAUUAAAUAUAUAUAUAUUUAAAUAUAUAUUUUGAGUAUUAACUUUACUUUGUAAAAUCAUUGUACGUUUCAUAAACACAUACAUAACUUUUAAAAUAUUUUUACCAAUCAAAAUUUAAUUACACUACCGUAUUAGCUAAUAUUGCAUUACCAUUAUUAUAAAAUUGGAAAAAAUUAAUUGGAAAAGACCAAUUAAAAUAAUUUUAAGAAAAAUAUUUAUAUAUAUUAUAAACAAGAAAAUGGUCGAUAAAAUGCGGUUUUUGCAGCUGAUUCUAAUUUUGUUAUCAUAUCGAUUUUUUAUAUAUUAAAAUUUUCUUUGGUUAAAAUUAUCGAAUCUUGUUCUAAACCAAGAAAGUAAACAAAUUGUAAACAUAUAUGUAUAUAAUUAGUCAAUUUUUGAAAAACAGAACUAGAAUCAGCUGCUAGUUGAACAAAAUAUUAUUUUUAAUACAAUUUCACUAUUACAGUAAAAAAAAGCAUACGGUAAUAAUUUUUAAUCGUAUUUUGAAAAUUUACAACGAUUUUACGAAAUAUAAUAAAUACUCUACAAUUAUUCUUAAUGCAAUUACUAUUUACUAUUAU